AUGAUGCUGGAUGAUAUGGAAGACUACUUUGAAGGUCCCGAGGACAAUGGCCAUUAUGCUACUUUCCCAGAGUCUUACUUUGAGGAGACAGUCCAAUGCUUCAACAAGUUUGAUAAUCCCCUUGUAAUGCAAGCUCAGGAUGCUGGAUGGCGCAAGUUCUUGGAGUAUUAUUUUUCGGAUGAAGCUGUAUGGGAUGACUAUCCAGAGGAAGACAAGUUUGCAGAGUACUUUAUCGAGAAAGACAAGUUCUUUGGAAGGUCCAAUCUUCGAUAUGAAAUAACAGAACCCUGCAAUUACGCUAGCAAUGCUGCGUAUUAUGGUUCUGCCAUUCGAGUGUGCGACAAAGAAUGGAAAACCUUCAAUGUAUCCUCUCAAGCUGUCAUUAUGAGAUGCUUAUCAGUUAUUGCCGUCGCAUCCUCCUGGUUUCAUGGAAGUCUCAACAACGUAGGUGCCAGAUGGGAUGGAAAAGCCAUUGAGAUGACGAUCAACGUUGCCUACCAAUUGGCAAUUAGCAGUGUGUCAUCAGACUCAACAAUCUUCCGAGCUGGGUCCAAUGAAUUCAACCAAACACCCAUUGUGGAGCUCUCAGAUCCAGUUGUAUAUCUGCCCCUCAAUGACAGCCUACCCAUUGACAGGUGGUUUGAAUUUCUUAACACGUUGCCAAUCUCAGACGGAAAGCUGGAGUUGCAGGCAGCCGCACUCUUUCACUUUUCAUGUGCUGCUACAAUGCCUUUCGUCCUUUGUGAGACUGUGAUGGGACUCCUAGCACCCGCCCUGAGCGACCCCUCCUUUCUGAUCGAUGUCUAUACACCCGAGCUUAAAACGGUAGCGCAAGCGGAAAACUUCCCCAUGCCCUUGCGGACAGGGUUGCCACUGUUUUGCCAGGGAUUGAGCGUAAUGAUUGGCUUCAUCUACUCCAUUGUAUUCCAAGAAAAGUUUCUACCUUUAGGAGUUGUGACAGACAGUGCCAUUUUUCGUGCCUUUGUGAGCGCCAUCAAUCCACUGGUGGAGGGUGGUUUCAGACUGUUUCAUAACAUUCGAAACUCUGAGAAGAAAGGAUACAAUGGCAACAAGGAUGUCUACCCUGGGGCUGACUUUUGCAACAAGCACUCUGCACAUGCGUUGUGGCAUCAGAAAGCUGCUUCCGGGCUCUUUGAAAUCUUUGUCUACGCAGAUGAUAUCAAUGAAGCGGUGAGGGACUAUCAGAAAACUGUCAAGGGUAGAAAACUCUCCGCACUGCAAUCUACCUUGCGCUGGCUGCGAAGCACAGCAGGAUCAAUUUCGGAACCCGAAAGCCAAGAUUCAUCUGUGCAAUAG